AAACCCCAAACAAAAAACCCCACGUAGUGCAUGAUUUUUUUUUUUUUAUGUGUAAUGUCCAGACUAGGCAAAUCUAUAGAGAGAAAAAGUAGAUUAGUAGUUGCCAGAGGUUGGAGUGGAGGAACAAGGAGUGACUGUUGUUGAGUGUCUUUCUGGGAAAAGGAAAAUAUUCUGAAGUUAGUGGUGAUAGUUGUACAAAUUUAUGAAUAUAUGAAAACCACUGAAUUAUAUACUUUAAAGGAAUAUGUUUUGUGGUGGGUAAAUUAUAUCUUAAGUCAUUAUAUUAAAAAAUGAGGAAGUUCUAUAUGUAUUGAUAAUAAGAUUACCCAUAUUUUAUUAACUGAAAAAAGGUACAGAAGAAUGAUUAUGUACUAACUUUUGUAUGAAAAGGGAGAAAAUAAGAAUAUAUAUUUAUAUUUGUAAGUAUUUGCAUUAAAAAUUCUAGUGGUUUUCUGUGUGGGUGGGAGUGAGAAUGGGACAUAUGGAAUGAGAUAGGAAUUAGAUUUCUCACUAAACUAGGUUGCUGGGGUUACAGGCAUGUAUCACACCCUCCUGAAAGCAACCUAUCUUUCAUGGAUGCAAAUCCUUGAUGUGUGCAACUUUCUUUCACCCUUUUUAUUUCUGUGCUUCCAUCAUAUAUGCCUUUUUUAUAACUUUGUUUAAUUAAUUAAUUCAUUUUUGUGUGGUGCUGAGGAUCAAAUCCAGUGUCACACAUACUAGGCAAGCACUGUAUGCCCAGCCCUCACUGUGGCUCUUGUUAGGAACUUUCUUCAAGUGUCUGAUCAUUGUUGGUCAUCUGCCCACAUUUAAGACCAAGGCAGUAAAACAUAUUGGCAGGUCCAAGUCCCUGCACAGGCUGUACUGACUGGUGGCAUUGCUGACAGGUGAUUGGGAAAAUGAGCCAAUAGGUCUUUUCUCUGGGUCUUGUUCAGUUUCUUCAAAGAGGACUCCUCUAGUCUCUGGCCCUGGAGAGUUUACCCCUGGGUACUAAUUAUGAGUGCUGAUUGGGAAAGGGGCUGAUUUGACAUGUAGCUUCCUCUUAAUCCUCCUGUGUUCAGUAUAGUGCAUCGCCUCCAACUUCUGGUAUCCUUCCGUGCUGGGCUCUCUGUCCCUGUUUCUCCAGACAACAAACUUUCGUCUUCUUUGGAAGAAGAAAGUUGGAAGAGAGUUGCUGGGUGAAUGGGCAGGGGAAAUAGGAAUAUGGUUCUAAUAGUCCUUAUACAGGUUUUCAUCUAAUCUGAGAGAGAAGCAAAGAAAUAAGAAUAGAAUUAGGAGCAGUGCUCUGGCCCCUGGCUGAGAAGAUGCUGAUAGGACAAAGCAGGGUUUGUUUAAAAAUUUGUGGCUUAGUUGUAGAGUGCUUGCCUAGCACAUGUGAGUCACUGGGUUCAAUCCUAGCACCACAUAACCAUAAAAAAAAAAAAAAAAGGUAAAAAAAUGCACAAGUGUUUUUCUGACUUCUUAGGAUCUCUAGUUCGUAAAUUCUCUAACCAUCAACUCUCUUAUCUUGUUCGUGCCUUUGCUUAUUCAACCUAGAUGACGUGGUCCUUGUUUUAACUCCUCUCUUUCCAGUAUCCUCAGUUCCGCAGCCCUACUAUCUUUCCACCAAAUCCACUGGCCAAAACCCCAAUCCAGCUGGCCUGUCCUAACCAAAUCCAUUUGGCCUGCUGGAUUCUGCUAGUCAAAAUCACACAAUGUUGCAAACUGGCAUUGCUGUAAAUUGGUGGCCUCUGUACUCAUUCUAAUUAAAUGCAACAGAUUAAACACAUAUGUUUGCCAUCACUCUGUCCUGAAACUUCACUAAAAUGACAUCAGUAGAAUUUUAAAUCUGGUAAAAUAGGACAAACAAGAAAAGGGACAAGAGGUGAGAGUUAUCAAUAACUGUAGAAACUAAAAGGCAGAGAAAUAUAACCAAUGGCAGAAAGUCAAAUCUAGUAUGUCUGCAGAGUCCCAGUGGGAAACAAGCUGGUUUUGGGGGCAGAAGCCCAGAAAAGCUCAGAAAUGAAAACAUCAGCUUUCUUGGAAGGCCAGAGGAGGGCACAGCCUAAAACAGGCCAGAGAGGACAGCUAGGGGCUUAACCUGGCUUAACCAUGUACUGGCUCUGUGUCCUGGACAAGUUACACAGUAUCUCUGAAACUGUUUCCUCCUUUAAAUGUGGGUAGUGAGUUUACCCUGAAUGGUUGUGAAGGUUAGGACAAAAUGCAUUUUAAGUACAGAAGGUAGCAUCUGGUACGUAUUAAAAUGGUGCCUAUUUUUUGUUUGUAUUUGAGAUGCUAGAGAUUGAACCCAGGGCCUUGCAUAUGCUAGGCAAGCUCUCUACCACUGAACUCCACCCCUAGCCUCAGGCCUAUUAUUAGCCUCUUGACCUCUAUACUCCAUGCUGCUACUGUCGGGAGCUGGCAGGAGAGCUGGUGAAGGACCGAGUCCUCCAUUCUCCAGGCCUGGGUCAGCACUCUGGUAGUCUCCAAACCCAUUCUACUCAGGAAGUGUGUGAGGGUCAGACCACCAGGCUCCCUUGAACCUCUGUUAACCAGUGGAGGUUAGUGGCUCUUGACAGCUGAGUACAUCAGAGCAACCCACUUUCAGGAAGUUGGCCCUAUUCCAGAUUCUCUUCUUGUUCUUCCCCUCUCAUCUGGGAAGUCCUCCAGGCCUCAGUGCGUGUCCUUCUCUCCCUAGCCCUCUCUCUGAACAUUCUCUCCCUUGGGGAAUGGAGCCUAUCACAAGGCUUCAUCUGUCCCAACUCUUAAAUCACCUUCAAUGCUUGCAUCUCAUCAGAAUUCUAGAUUUGACCAUCCUCAUAUACAAAUCUGUAGUCCCAGGAAGUCUCUGCUUGGAUGAGUAUUUCUAAGAAAUCACUAUUUUAAUUUUCAUCCAGUUUCUCCUUUCUGUAUCCGUAUUUGUUUUCGGGAUGCCAUUUUCUCAGUCAUGCAGACUUGAACAUCCAGGCUUAUCUUUGACUUUUCCAACGUACAUUGUCUGAGUGUUGAAUUAACUAUACUCCAGGAAUGACCAAAGCUGCAGGUUCUUCUCUCUGCCCUGUCUUACCACACCUACUCCCUACCCCUUAGUCAUGUGUGGGUCACCUCUUGCCUGGUUUACUGCAACACCCUGCCAGUUCUCCUGCAUCCUGCUACUAUAAACUGGUCUACUAAUCUUCUGAGAGCAUCAGGGUUUUUUUCACAUUCCUUGCCAAAGAGUCUUUUAGUAACUUCCCAUUUUCUGUAGGACAAAACUGCAGGCCUGGUUGGCAGAUAAGACUUGCCAUAAUCUCACCCAGCUCUGCCUACUCUGCCUUUGCUCCCAUAUUCCAGUCAGCAGUGCCUUCCCUGACCUCAGGACCUAUCCUGCUCACUACCCACGAAAGCUGCUGGCCUUCCUCUCCCUGCCCCAGUGCUCCUCUUUCCCUCCCUUCUACCCUGGCACCCCCCGCCUUCUCUCUCUUUGAUUUUCCAGACAGGGUCUUUCCUUUCUACCCAGGCUGACCUCAAACUCCUGGCUCAAGUGAUUCUCUGGCUUCAGUGUCUUGAGUAGCUGGGACCUACUCAAGGGCCUUACUAACCAAACUCAACUUUCUGUCCUCCCUUUCACCUGUCCAUUUCUCCUGUCUACUCUUAAGACACAACUCCCAUCCACUAUGAGCCUUCCUCAGUCUUCAGUCUCCUGGGUCUCCUUUCCUGAUUCUGAGGACACUUAGGGUUAGCCCCCAGCUUCUCCCUGAGCUGUAACUUUUGCAUGUUGUGUCUAUGUGGUCCUGUAGGGUCAAAGACUCAGCAUCACACCUGGGUAAUGUAAUUCUUCCUCAGUGGAACAUUCUUUCCUUCCUGCUCUAGGAGAGGGCUUCAGAAAUCAGGACAGUUCAGAAAACACAGCAUUGGGGUGCAAAAGAGAUUGAUUGAUCUCUGAGGUCUGCCUAAACCAUUUUGCCUCCGUGGCUCAGGCUCCUUCCCUUGGGGCUUCCUGCUCUGCCCCCCAACCUGCCUGCUGCUCUCUUCACCCUUCAGACAUCCACCACACCACCAGUCUGGCCUCUUGAAUUCUCAGUGGGAAUCCCUGCUUCCACACAUGAGGGCUCUCCAUACCCCUCAAUCCUGAGGUUAAUAUACCACCUGUUCCCCCCCCCCCCCCCCCCGCCCACCUUCUGUCAGCUAAUGAUUAUUCAGGGAACUUAACUUGCUGUCCCUGUCCCAAAUCUGUGAAAGUUCUCUUUCGGGCAAGGGUCAUGAGAGUUGUCCAAUGGCCAUGUGACUGCUGGUUUCAUCGCACUCCCUCUGCUGUCUUGGUCCUACUAUUCUGAAAAGCUAAUUGUGUAUCUUGUGGCCAGCUCACCAGAACGGAGACUUGAGCAGAAGAACUUAUCCUGAUGGCUGAUUCAAAACUACUCCCUUCUCUUGAUGGGGACCCUGUGGCUGUGGAAACCUUGCUGCAGGACGUGUUUGGGAUUGUUGUGGAUGAGGCCAUUCGGAAAGGGACCAGUGCCUCUGAGAAGGUCUGUGAAUGGAAGGAGCCUGAGGAGCUCAAGCAGCUGCUGGAUCUGGAGCUGCAGAGCCAGGGCGAGUCACAAGAACAGAUCCUGGAGCGUUGCCGCGCUGUGAUUCGCUACAGUGUCAAGACCGGUCACCCCCGGUUCUUCAACCAGCUCUUCUCAGGGUUGGAUCCCCAUGCUCUGGCUGGACGCAUUAUCACUGAGAGCCUCAACACCAGCCAGUACACAUAUGAGAUCGCCCCUGUGUUUGUACUCAUGGAAGAGGAGGUGCUGAAGAAACUCCGGGCCCUGGUGGGCUGGAGCUCUGGGGAUGGGAUCUUCUGCCCUGGUGGUUCCAUCUCCAACAUGUAUGCCAUAAACCUGGCCCGCUAUCAGCGCUACCCAGACUGCAAGCAGAGGGGCCUCCGGGCACUGCCACCAUUGGCCCUCUUCACAUCAGAGGAGUGUCAUUACUCCAUCAACAAGGGAGCUGCUUUUCUGGGACUUGGCACUGACAGUGUCCGAGUGGUCAAGGCUGAUGAGAGAGGGAAAAUGAUCCCUGAGGAUUUGGAGAGGCAGAUUAGUCUGGCUGAAGCUGAGGGUGCUGUGCCAUUCCUGGUCAGUGCUACAUCUGGCACUACUGUGUUGGGAGCAUUUGACCCCCUAGAUGCAAUUGCUGAUGUGUGCCAGCAUCAUGGACUGUGGUUACAUGUGGAUGCUGCCUGGGGAGGGAGCGUCCUGCUGUCGCAGACACACAGGCAUCUUCUGGAUGGGAUCCAGAGGGCUGACUCCGUGGCCUGGAACCCCCACAAGCUUCUUGCUGCAGGCCUGCAGUGCUCCGCUCUUCUUCUCCAGGACACCUCGAACCUGCUCAAGCGCUGCCAUGGAUCCCAAGCCAGCUACCUCUUCCAGCAAGACAAGUUCUAUGAUGUGGCUCUGGACACGGGUGACAAGGUGGUGCAGUGUGGCCGUCGUGUAGACUGCCUGAAGCUGUGGCUCAUGUGGAAAGCACAGGGUGGGCAAGGGCUGGAGCAUCGUAUCGACCAGGCCUUUGCCCUUGCCCGGUACCUGGUGGAGGAAAUAAAGAAGAGGGAAGGGUUUGAGUUGGUCAUGGAGCCUGAGUUUGUCAACGUGUGUUUUUGGUUCGUGCCCCCCAGCUUGCGGGGGAAGCAGGCGAGUCCAGAUUACAGCGAAAGGCUGUCUCAGGUAGCCCCUGUACUCAAGGAGCGCAUGGUAAAGGAGGGCUCCAUGAUGAUCGGCUACCAGCCCCAUGGGAGCCGCGGUAACUUCUUCCGCAUGGUGGUGGCUAACCCCACUCUGACCUGUGCUGAUAUAGACUUCCUCCUCAACGAGCUGGAGCGGCUAGGCCAGGACCUGUGAGCCUCCCGUGUUCUCAAAAAAGCCUUUCUAGGAAACAAAGUAGCCUUAACCUUUUCUCUCUGUUUUAUUCCACUAAAUCUCCUCGCUAAAAUAUCUGCAUUAGGAGAAUGCUUAAAAAGUUAUAUCCAUAGGAUGCAAUGUUAUUCUUUCAUUAAAAUUAUAUUUACAGAGAUUUUUAUUAAUAUGAGAAAAAUAAUAUGUUGAAAAAGCUGGAUAUAAGACUAUAUUUAGUAAUAUCAGAGCAAUGUUCAGAAGUACAUAGGAAAAGGCUGAUAAAUGAACUAUGCCAGAAUAUUAACAGUUUUCCCUAGGUUGAGAUAAUAGGCAUUUUUAAAAUUGACCCCUUUUGCUUUUGUGCCUUUUCCUUUUACUAUGUAAUGAAUAUGAAUUAUGUAAUGGGAGCAUAAUAAAAUUAAAAUUUCAAGUA